GUUAAAAUGAAACUUGUUGUUAGUGACUCUCCUGAAACUUGAUAUGGAACUUUACGGAUUGUCAGAGCCUUUCAAAACGAUAUAUACAACCUGAUAAAUGAAAUAGUUUUCUGAUGGCAUCCGGGGUUCAUAUGGGCCCAGGAUUUCACGGCUUUAUAAAAGAUGUCCUUAGGUGUAGAAGCCAAGAGGAGGAAAAAGAAUUUGUCAACCAUGAGCUGGAGCUAAUCAAAGAGAGCUGGGAGAAAAAUGGUGUUUUGCAGGAAUCUGCCUGUGACUACCUAUGUCGCCUUGUGUUCUGUCACACACUGGGCUACGAUGUCUCUUUUGGUCUAAUGUACCCGGUAAUGAUGGCAAUGCAGGGCUCUGGAGUGGAGAAAAGAAUAGGUUAUAUGGCGGCCAUGUAG